UUUGCACAAGCAUGCAGACUUUGUGGUAGUGGUGAUAGCACAAGAUUACAAGACUUCAAGAAAGGCUAAAGAAACCGGUAGCUUGACUGCUCUUCCUGGGUGUCACAUUCAUUAUUUUCUAAUGACACACUCACCAAUACAACUAGCUCUUCAUUUACUUCCUGAGAACGUGUUUGUUGGUGCUCAAGAUGAUAUUCCAGGAAUCUUCAACAAGACAGAAGGUGGAAUGAGUAUUAGCCCUCUUGAUUUGCUGUGGAAACCAAAGUUAGCCAGAAGAAGUCCAUCUUUAAUAGAUAAGUUGUCACUUGUAUUACAUCCAUCACUAGACCAUUUUGAACGUCAACUCUUAGUUCUUUUUACUCGAGACAGAAAAGCCAAGGACUCUGUGAUUGAAGACAUACAUAUGAAUAUAGCAGAGAGACGCCUUCUAGUGGGUAUACAUAAUGGUUGGACAUUUGUGAAGAGGCCGUAUAUUGCCUAUUUGGAUAUAACAACCAAGGAGAAACCUACAACACCAUCUAGAUCACAGAAGCACAGGCAGUCGCAACGAGCAUCCACUUGGGAGGACAAUGCUGUAGUGAAAGAAUUGGCACUACCAACAGUUAUACAGUUGACUGAUGUGGUGGCUCAUUCACUGUACACUCUUGUCUUUAUGUUGGAGUAUGUAAUAUCAUGGCCUCUCACUCAGCAUGACAAGCUAAAUCCUGGGAUCACUAGUAUGACAAAGUCUCAGUCGCAGUCUGUAGUUGCUUGCUGGGCAGCGUGGACACCAGCAGAAGCAACAAGCGCAUACCAUCACGUUGAGCUAUCAUUAUGUGGAGGAGCAGCUCCUAAUCCUGGACAUACAUUCAUAUUUGUUGGCUGUGAUGUAACAGAGAAUCAGCUUGGUGAUGGUGAUUGUGGAACAGUGAGCUUCAAGUAUGCAGUACAGGAUGAAAAGCAGAGGUCUGAGAAUGUGAGUCAUGUGCGGCGUCCAUCUGCUGCUAUGUCAGAUAUUGGUUCAGAACUUCACACUUGGCAACAUUCAGAAGCUGAUAUUUUUCAUGAUGCGCAAGAGACUAUAGUUACUCAUGUAGAGACUACUGCAAGACCACCAUUACCUCGACAACCUGCGACACCAGGUCAUUCAGGAAUUGUGGAACAUGACACUCCCAAGCAUCGACCAUUAGCAUCAGUUGUUACUCCUACUCCUCUGGCAAUGCAAGAACUACUAAACAGGCCUGCCACUUCAACUCCAGCUGAUGAGCUGGAAGGUCAACAGGGAGAACUUUCAUUACUACCCUACACUCCUGUUGUAGGAGUUGCACCCCUAAGCAGUGGACAGGUAUCAGCACAACAACAGUUGUUUAAUUUUCCACCACUAACUACAGCUCGAGGUCCAACAACACUACCAGCUGCUAUGCACUACUCUUCUGCUCAUUCGCAUAUUCCUCGAUCUGCAUAUGCACAACUGCAUACUGCUGGAUUUCCUGAAGUUAAGGACAGUAAAGGCAGAACACCAGUGGAAGUCGACUCUCAGCAGACCGUGUCCUAUAAUCCAGACAGAGAGCUUCGACAGCCACUUCAAUGCAACAACAUCACAAUACAGUUUCUUGCAAUAUCAAAUAUUCCAUCCAUGCAAGAGUCAUCUGUGAAUUCAGCUGAAGGAAGUCAAAUUAUCAGUCCAUUGUACAGAGUGGUGUUCUUUACAUUUCAGUUCUAUCGGUUUCCGGCUGUCACCACUGAACGGUUGCUUUUGUCUGGAUUAAAUUCAGACAGCCAACUCAAUGUUACAUCUAUUCACAUCCUUACCAAGUUAUCAAGGAUUGACAGUGUUUGUGGAUAUCAGAUGGAAUUUGUUGUGGAUCCUUCUGAUUUUGAAGCAGAUGAAAGUCGACGACUAGCUCGGUAUCUUCACACUAGGUCACUUCAGGUAGAUGUGUGGGAUGGUGAGUCAUUGCUUCAUGUUGGAAGUGCCUUCAUUCCUUUGAUGCAUCUCAUACGGGAAGGUCGCGAGGCAGUUCAGGUGACACAUGAGGUGCCAGUAACGUAUGUUGAAUAUUCAGAUGACAUGCCCACUUUGCUAGGAGACUUUGCUCGAAGUGGAAGUGUAAGACCUCCCAGGGCAAAUGCUGAAAUUCGUGGGAGUCUUCACAUUCGACUUUUCAAUGUAGGUAGCAAAAGCAAGUUGGAACAUACAGGGCCAGUUUCAAGUGUUGUGCAGGGAAAUUCUGGAAUUUUUUCUUCUGAUGGCAAUGUUGUGUCCUUAGCAGAUGGUCGUUUGCCUUCAACUAGUGGAGAGUCUCAUAGAGUUAAGGCAAAGUUGUUAGUAGAUAGCGACAAGGAUCUUGCAGCAGUGUUGAAGUCUAGAAAAGUUGGAGUAACAAGACCAGUGCAAUCAGUGACAGCUAAUGGAGAAGAUACAGUAACGAAGCAAAGGAAGCAUGCAAGGAUGGCAAUGGUUCGACGGCUUGUUGGUGAAGAGAAUUAUGUGUCUGGCAUGUCUAACACUGCAUCUUUGACUAAUCAACGAGCUCAGGAACUGCGCACAAUCGCUGCUUUUAGAGAACGGCAUAAACAGGAAAGAAUUCUUUCUGCACUCUGUCAUUCAAUAACGACUGCACACACAAUUCGUCCAUCAUAUGGAGUAGCAAGCUUUUUUGAAUUUAUUCUCAAGAACCCGUACAAUUCUUCACUUACUGUCAAAAUUGAAUGGAAUCGUGCAGAACUACAAUUGUUAACGGACACUAAGGAAUGGCAACAUUUCAAACAACUGUACAAUGUUGCAACUCCUUUGGAAGAAGGCAUGUUUAGUGAUGCCAGUCAGAAUGAUAGACCACAGUUGUAUUUGAAGCCCAACGAGACAGUAUAUAUUCCAUUUAAAUAUCAGUCGUUUUAUCAGCAGUCACAGUCUACGAAUGAAACAGCACAAUUUGGAAAAUGGAGUCUACAAUCAGCCUUUUAUCAACAACUUCAAUCCACAACUAUCAAAGUCUCAUUUAUCAAGUGUGAUGAUAGUCAUCUCGUUUCAAUACUUAACCUCUGUGUUGAGCCACAACCUUACUGCAUUGAUCAAACAUUUCGAUUUCAACAUCCAGAGCAGGCGUUUUUCAAAAAGUCUAUUAUUCUUCCCCCAUUUCAUUCUUUAAGAGAUCAAACUUGGCUUAAUGAGAACCAUUCAUCACUUUCUCUUCACUGCAGUAAUAGCAAUGUUGUUUGUGAAAUAAGAGAUGGGGAAGGUAGAGAACCAAGUCAAGUUUAUUUGAAAGUGGCUUGUGAGGCGGCACCUUCUGUUGUGCAGUUCUGUCUUCUACUCUAUAAAGAUUUGUAUAGGUCACAGCCAGCUCAGAUAUGGCAGUUUAGUAUCCAUUCAGUGCAAAGAAUUGAUGUAAGUGCAGUUCAAGGUCAAAAAUCUGAAGUGACUGUCAUUCUUCGGGGUCUUUCAUUACCAAAGACAGUGCGUUGCUUCUCAUCUUGUCCUGAACAGCUUGUGGUGAACCCUAAGGUACCAUUUCAACUUUCAGCCAACGCUGCACAUGAAAUUCACAUGUCACUCAAGUUAAUGGAAGCUGGGACAAAAUCUGUCUUUGUCAAUGUUGUUGAUGUUGAAUUUUAUCAGUUGGUGAGAAGUUGGCUAUUGUGUGCCACCUGCAGACCUCCUGUCAUUACUAAAGCAUUUGAGCAACUGCUCUCUGUGAGAACUGGAAAACUUGCUUACAAGAAAAUUUCUUACCACAAUCCCUAUUCUGUCAGUAAACGAUUUCACUUAUAUUCAACAUCGUUUGACUUACUGCAGUUUCGUGAAAACGUCAUUGAGAUUCCGGCUGGCCAGACAUAUCCAAUUGGUCUCAAAUUUUUGCCGCAAAUGAUACCCAUUAGCAGAGAAGUCCUGAUAUUCAUCAACAAUGAAAGUGAUAAGACUGAAGAGUGCUUCUGUGUGAAAGUCAUGUACAGUUAAUCUGUUAGAGAACUGCUGUAUCAAAUAGUACAACACAUUGGCAGUUGUACAGUAAAUGUAUUUGAUUAAAAUAGGCCUUGGUCCUCUUUUUCUAACA